UUCCUCAUAGGCUGGCAGCCUCGGUGGUUUAUUUUGGACAAUGGAGUCUUAUCUUAUUACAAGUCACCAGAGGAUGUAAACAAUGGAUGCAAAGGAUCCAUCAAAAUGGCCGUCUGUGACAUAGUUGGUGGGUAAAAAUGUUGAAUAUAUUUGCUCAGAUUUUAAAAAUAUUGUUGAAUAAAGUAUAAAUUAAGAACUGAGGAGACAGAUAUAAUCAACCAUCAGAAAAAUUUAUUUCAUGAAUUUUGAAUUAGAGAAUUUACUGAAAAACUUACAAUACAUUUAGUAAGCAGAAAACUUGUACUUCUUUUAAAAGUAUGUUUAUUAUUAUUUUCUUCCCCACUGUAUUACAAAAGUUAGCUGAGAUCAUAAUUAAACUUUAAACCUUUGAUGAACAGUUCAUCCAGCUGAUAUGACACGCCUAGACCUCAUCAUUCCGGGAGAGCAGCACUAUUAUGUAAGAGCCAGCACCCCACAAGAUAGACAGUCUUGGCUUAUUGCACUUGGAAGCUCUAAAGCUUCAUUUAGUGAAGCAAGUGCCGCCAAAAAGGAUGCAGGUAAUCUUACCCAAUGCCGGCCCCAACAACUGCGGGGCCCUAUGCAAAACUGAUUGCGCGGGGCCCAGUCUGGGUAGGGAUAAGGGUAAUAAGUGAAAAUUAAGAUUUUGUAUUAGAAAAAAAUGUGCGGGCCCACUUGCGGCCGCAUAGGUUGCAGUGGCCUAAGGCCGGCCCUGAUCUUACCAUCUUUCUUAAUUGGAUUAAACCUUAUAACUUAAUUUAAAAAAUGUUUAAAAAAAAAAAAAAAUUAUUGGCUAUUGCAUAAAUGACUAGUUCAGAUGUUCGGAUGGAACGAUAAUUCCCUUUCUCCGUGUUGUUGACAGAUAGCAUUCCAGACCAAAUGAGGGCCAAAAAGUCUGAGCUGCGGUUGUACUGUGACCUUCUCAUGCAACAAGUUCAUUCAAUCAAGCAGACUCUCUCAACGGCAGAUCAAAAAAUGGAUUUAGAGGUCACUAACCAUUUUUCUCUCCAUUUACUCACUUCAUUUUAAAAAAAUUUGAUCUUGAUCGUGCCCCGUGAAAUUUUUUACCCAAAUUUCUAAUAAUUUUAUCAUAUCAUUAUCAGAUGAUAAGUUAAUUUUAAGUUUUAGUCUAUAUGAUUACAUAUUCAAAGCAGCCUCCCGGUGACUAUCUUUACUAGAUAAUGGUAGUUUUUGUGUAACCCAUGUUAUUAACAGAAGUUGACGGAAUCUACCUCACUUAUUGGAGCCACCUGUGACACAUUCAUCGCUACACUAGAGGAUUGUAUGAAGCUCGUGUCCAAUACCCCAAUGUUUGAAUCACCUCACCAACAUGUCCGUGAUGCAGC